AUGGCGGGCCCUCGCAAUAGCGCGCCGCUCCCCUCCUCGUUCGACGAAGAUGCCGACUUCUACAAUGAAAACACUCUCGACAAGAUGUGGCGCCGCUUCCGCGAAGAACCCCUCAUUCCUCUCGGCUGCGGUCUGACCGUCUGGGCCAUUGUAGGCGCCACACGUUCAAUGCGCAAAGGCGACCACAAGAUGACCAAUAUGUACUUCCGUCGCCGUUUAUACGCCCAGGGAUUCACCAUCGCAGUGCUUGUCGCUGGAAACUUGUACUGGCAGAAGGACCGCGUGAAGAGGAAGGACUACGAGAAGCAUGUAGCCGAGAAGGAGCGCAUGGAUAAGAGGGAAAGGUGGCUGAAGGAGCUCGAGGUGCGCGAUGAGGAGGAGAAGGAGUGGAAAGAUAGGAUGGCGAAGAGAGCGAGAGGGGUCCAGGAAGAGGCCAGGGGCGUAACACAGCAAGUGGCAGACAAGACAAAGGAGUUGAAGGAUCAGGUGGUGGGGAAAUAA